UGAGGCUCACUGGAGUUCUUAUCUGCUAGAGGUGGGGCCUGCAUCAUCACCCGCGCAUCUUAUAAAAGCCAAUUCUCCUCAUUUUUGGAUUUUUCAUCUUCCUUCCCUUCCACACACUUUGCAUCAAUCAUCAGGUGGAGCAGAGAUGGACUAUACCUAUGCACCAGGAAGAAACCACCUGUUUGUUCCGGGACCUGUCAACAUCCCGGACCAGGUGCUUCGUGCGAUGAACCGAAACAACGAGGACUAUCGAUCUCCCGCAAUCCCUGCCUUGACCAAAACUCUACUUGAGGAUGUAAAGAAGAUUUUCAAGACCACUUCUGGGACUCCUUUUCUCAUCCCAACUACAGGUACCGGUGCAUGGGAAAGUGCACUGACAAAUACUCUAUCUCCUGGAGACCGAAUCGUGUCAUUCAUCAUCGGUCAGUUUAGUUUGCUUUGGGUGGAUCAACAGAAACGCCUUGGCUUCAAUGUUGACGUGGUGGAGAGUGAAUGGGGCCGAGGUGCUGACUUGGACGUUCUAGCAUCAAAACUGGCUGCAGAUACUGCGCAUACUAUUAAGGCCGUCUGCAUCGUUCACAAUGAGACAGCCACUGGAGUUACCAACAACUUGGCUACCGUAAGGAAAAUACUUGAUGAGUACCAGCACCCAGCGCUGUUUCUAGUCGAUGGCGUGUCAUCAAUCUGUGCUCUGGAUUUCCGCAUGGAUGAAUGGGGCGUAGAUGUGGCUUUAACUGGCUCUCAGAAAGCACUUUCUCUACCGACUGGUAUGGGUAUCGUGUGUGCCAGCCCCAAAGCCAUUGAAGCUUCUCAAUCAGCAAAAUCCCUUCGGGUUUUCUUCGACUGGAAGGAUUACUUGAAGUUCUACAAGAUGGGGACUUACUGGCCAUACACACCAUCUAUUCAGCUUCUGUAUGGUCUAAAAGCAGCUCUUGACCUCAUUUUUGAAGAAGGAUUGGACAAUGUCAUUGCAAGACACACUCGUCUUGGCACCGCCACAAGGCUGGCUGUUGAAGCAUGGGGAUUGAAGAACUGCACCCAGAAGGAGGAAUGGUUCAGCGAUACCGUCACUGCAGUGGUUGUUCCUCCAUACAUUGAUAGUUCAGAAAUUGUUAGAAGGGGAUGGAAGAGAUACAACUUAAGCUUGGGUCUCGGCCUAAACAAAGUAGCUGGAAAAGUCUUCCGAAUAGGACAUCUUGGGCACUUAAAUGAUUUGCAACUGCUAGGGUGUCUUGCAGGGGUGGAGAUGGUGCUUAAGGAUGUGGGUUACCCUGUGAAGCUCGGGAGUGGAGUGGCGGCUGCUUGUGCAUACCUGCAGAACAACAUUCCCAUGAUUCCGUCAAGGAUUUGAAUUCUCUUGUAACUGCUGCUACGCUUCUCUUAUUUGCAUGUUUAAAACAUCUCUGUGUUUGUAAAUUCUAGUUGUUGUUCUUCAUCACAUGAUCUCUUAUUUGCUUGUUGAAAACAUCUCUUCAGUUUGAGAUGAAAAACUUAUAUAUGAUAAACCAAUUUUCAUGCACCA